AUGUCUGAAUAUCAAGCAACCAAGCAGUUUGUUCCGCUUGCCACUACGGUGGAAGAUCAAGAGAAAUUUCAAGCUCUGGUCAAGUCAAAGAGUUUUACGAACAAUACAUUGUCUCACUCGAAUUCGAGUGGUCUCAAGGAUUUGGCUUCCGAUGACUCAGUCAAUCCUCUUCUCCCAAGUCACGUGUUACCUCCUCCCACGCAAUUACCGUUUGCUUCGUCAUUGAAUAGAGAAUAUGAACCAGUUUCAGAGUUGCUGAAGAGAAGACGAUUUGACGAUGAUGCUGGUCAACAAAUUAAAGACCCUCAAGAACCUGAAUUGAAGGCCAAACACAACUUUAAAAUUCUGAGAGUAUUUAGUGUGGAGUGGUUUUUAAUUCUUAUUGGUUGUCUGGGUUGUAUUGUUUCCGGUGUCAUGCCACUUGUAUUCUACUUGCUCUUUGGUUACUUUGUUGAUGAUGCGAUUGAGUUUGCUAAAGUGGCCAUCACCGAACAAAGAUUGAAGGACAAGAUUUUCGUUUAUACCAUGGGUUUUGUUGCCAUCGGUGUUGCUCAAGGUAUUUCACAAUUUACCAGCGGAUUGAUGUUCAGUUGGGCUGGUGACAGAAUUGCAAUUAGAUUGAGAAGGGCCUAUUUCAAUGCUUUGAUUUCUAUGGAAAUUGGAUAUUUCGACAUCAAACCCCUCGGUCAAUUGACCGCUCCACUCUUUGAGGACGUCUCUAAAAUUCAAGAUGCCUUCACGUUGAGACUUGGUACCGAUUACACAAUUCUCAAUAGCCAUCUCUGGAAUGAUUAUUGCAAUGACAACUAA